AUUUAAGCUACACGCGCGGUCUGCCCCAGGCUACUCAAAGCAAAAUGAGGUCUUUAUUCACGGUACUGGUUGUUGCUGUUGCAGUUUCUGUUGUUCGGACACAGAAUGGAUACGAAGAAUACGGAGUAGCCCAACCGGCUGUGUAUACUCAAGAAAUCUAUGAUCAGGGUUAUCCGUCGCGCAAAUACGUUGGACAUAAUACAAUUAUCUAUGGACCGAACAGCUACGGACAAAAUAGCUACGGGCAGAACAGCAAUGGGUUAAAUAGCUACGGAAUGAUUGGUAACGGGCAAGUGGAUUACGGGUCGCACGGCCAGGCACAAGUCGGUUACGGUCCUUCAUACGGCGGACCGUACGGAAUGGAGCAACAAGGUUACGAUCCGUACGGGAUGAUGCCAGGCUGGGGUGCGUCCGAUUUUGAUCCGGAUAGUUAUGGACAAAACAACUAUGGACAGAACAAUUACGGGCAAAAUAUGUACGGAUAGAACGGUCUCGCGCAGUUGAAGGGUUAUACCAAAGUCAACAUCAGUUUACGAUUUAUAUAAACAAUAAAUUCACAACUACUCUCCUCUA